AAGCCCACCAAACAUAAAUAACAGCAAACUGAUGGGAAGGGGUACUGACCCGCAUAACUGUACGCUGGCCUAAUGGCAGCAAACGAAAGCUCUACCUCGCUGUUGGAUGCAAUACGCAAAUUAAAUGGCACGGCAGAAGCAGCCCUUGAGGUCAAGCUUCCUGAAGGCGGCGAACACUACUAUUACAACAACUUUCCGGCGUAUAACGGGCCGCUUAAGGAGGGUCUCGCAACCAUCCAGCAAGCGCUGACUACAUGCGAGGCUAUAGUCCGGCCUCGUCGUGCCGCUCCUGCUGAUUUCACCGAUGCCGAUGAUGUCGCUGACUGGACUAGCAACUUGCUAGACGACAUCCUCGAGCGGCUGGAUGCAUCAUUGGACGCGGAGCGUGCCCGGGCGCGUGGGAGGGAGUCCGGAGCGGCAGCAGCAGGAGCAGGGGCGGCGGCGGGCGCUGUGGAUGAUGUGGCGCUAAUGGCUAAGCUGCCAUCCUUUGGCGGCACCGCGGUUCGCACCACCCGCUCCAAGGGCCCGGUUCGCCACGCCGCUGGCCUAGCCCGCCCCCAGGACCUCUUCCAGCCUCCCCCCGACAACCGCCCCGACCUGCCCUGGCGCCCCCGUCUGGAGCACUUGCUCCCCCUGGCCUCGCAGCGCCUCGACCCCAGGCAAUUCGAACCCAGCCCCGGGGCGCCUGAGGCCUUCCCGCACCCCUUUGCACCCGAGCUGGAGGCCCUACCAGCCAACUACCCGCCAGCGCAGCUGGCGGCAGCGGCAGCGGCUGCGCCGCCUCCCCCGCCUCCCGCGGCUCCCGAGUCCACUCCCCUGAUGUGGGUCGACAGCGAGUCAGCUCUGGAGGCGCUGGUGCGCGAUCUGACAGCGGAGGGGGUGACGGAGGUGGCGGUGGAUCUGGAGCAGCACGGCUACCGCUCCUUCCAGGGCUUCACCUGCCUCAUGCAGAUCUCCACACGUACGACUGAUUACGUGGUAGAUACCCUGGCGCUGCGAAACCAGCUGGGACCUGCACUGGCUGCUGUGUUUGCCGACCCGCGGGUCGUCAAGGUCCUCCACGGCUCCGACUCGGACGUGGAGUGGCUGCAGCGCGACUUCAGCCUCUUCCUGGUGAACCUGUUCGACACGGGGCAGGCGGCGCGGGUGCUGGGGCUGCCCUCCUUUGGUCUGGCGCACCUGCUGGAGGCCUACUGCGGAUUCCAGGCUGACAAGCGCUACCAGCUGGCUGACUGGCGGCUGCGGCCGCUGUCGCCCGACAUGCUGCACUACGCGCGCUGCGACACGCACUUCCUGCUGUACGUGUACGACAGACUGAGGGGGCAGCUGGCGGGCAUGGCGGAGGACAUGGUCCCCCCCUCGCUGGCCGUGCCGCUGCCCCCCGGCGGCCCCCGUGGCGCGCUGGGGCUGGUGCUGGAGCGAAGCCGGCAGCUGUGCCUCAAGACCUACCGCAAACCCGCAUUCGACCCAGCAGCAUACAAGGACACGCUGCUGCGCUGGGGCCUGAGCCUCACCCCCGCGCAGGCCUCCGUGUUCUGCUCGCUGCUGGUGUGGCGCGACCGGGUGAGCCGGCAGGAGGACGAGAGCCCCGGCUACGUGCUGCCCAAGGCGCAGCUGGUGGCGCUGGCGCAGGACAUGCCGGAGAGCGCCAAGCGGGUGCAGUCGGUGCUGGGUCGGGGCGUCUCCGAGGUGCUGCUUCGGCGCAUAGCGGAGGUCGUGCAGCUGGUGGCAGAUGCGCGGCACAGACCCCUCCAGGACACGGCAGCGGCAACAACCACAUCAGCAGCAACACCGCAGCAGCAACAAACACAGCCAGUUGAAGCAGCCGCAGCAGCAACAACAGCAGCAGCUGCUGCUGCGCCCCAGCCACCAGCGGCAGCAAAGCCUCCCGCACUCAAACCGCGAGCUGUGGCGCCCAUUCGAACCGCCAAGGCGGCUGUGGCGCCCGCACCCGCUCCGGCGCCAGCCGCCGUCUCCGCCCCCGCAUCUGCCCCGGAACCGGCCGUACAACCACCCACCGCGAGCUCUCAGCAACAGCAACAGCAGGGCGCUGCGGCCUCCGCCCCUGCCCCGGGGGAUGCGGCUGCUGCUGCUAAGGAGGAGGACGCGGCCGCUGCUGCACCUGCCGCCGCCGCGGCCGUCACGGGCUCUAAUAGCCUGGGUGGGCUGAAGCCCCGGGCGCUGAAAGCGCCGACGCUGGCUGUAUCCCGUUCCGGAUUGCUGUUUGGAGGGUCCGCCGCCCCCACUGCACCCGCGACUGCGGCUGCAGACGCAGCACCCGCUGUAAGCCAAAGCCAGACCGCGGCCGCCAUGGAGACGACGGAGGACGGAAAGGCCGGCACAGCGGCAACAGAGCAGGGGCCUGCGGAGCCCGCUUCGGCACCCGUACCUGUUGCAGCAACACGUCCCGCUGUCCCAUCCCUCCUGAAGCGCCCUGCAGGCGCCGGUGGCUCCUCCCUCAUGAGUGCCAUGUUCGGAGGCGCCACCCGCCCUGCCGUACCUGCCGUACCAGCAGCACCCGCUGCUGCUGCUACAGGGGCCGUGGCGCCUCCUUCUUCCUCCUCCAUGGCAGGCCAAGGCAGUACGGCGGCGGAUGAGGAUGAGGAGGAACGUCUGGCGCAGCAGCGAGUGAAGCGCCUACGGGCUACCUUUGCACUACCUUUCGUGUCAGCGGCGGCGGCGACGCCGCCGGCGCAGCCGCAGCAGCCGGGUAAGACAGCAGCGCCGGCGGCCGUGACCAGCAACGUCGCUGAGGGACCCGCUGCGGAUGCGGCGGCGACGGCGGCGGGAGCACACACCACCACCAAGCAGCGGACCACUGCCGCUGAUAUCCGUGCGGCCGUGGAGGCGAUGCACGAGGCCGGCGACGUGGACGUGGUGGUGGGGGCGGAUGGGCAGGGAGUGGAGGUGCCGGCAGAUGCCCUCGGAGGCCGUGGGGGCGCGGAUGACGACAGCGCUGGUGGUGCAGGAGCAGGGUGGCAAGCGGCGCCGAAGACUCGUUCUGUUGAUUUGGAUGAUAGCGAAGAAGAGGGUGAAGAGGGUGAGGAGGAGGCGGAGGAGGAUGAGGAGGAAGGUGGCGAAGGCGAUGAGGCGGACGAGGAGGCCAACGGAGAAGGGGAUGCUGAAGAGGCAGCAGCAGGGGCAGCCGCAGCUGGUGCAGGCGGAGGAGGAGGGGGCAGCUUGUCGACGCGGCGUGUGGCGGGGUCGGAGCUGGGGCUGGAUGUACUGGAGUUUGUUCCGUUGCCGCUGUCACAGAUGUAUCCCACAGACAAGAAGGGCAAGAAGCGUGAGCGCACGCAGGGUCUACGCGACGGUCGCGGCGGUGGGCGUCACGCCGCAACCAUGCGCCGAUUCGUAACGGAAGUCCCCUCGGCGGCUCCUGGCAGCGGCGGCGCCGCCGCCGCCACCGAUGCUGAACCGUACGACAACAACAGCGACGGCAGCAGCGGUGACGACGGCAGCGACAGCGACAGCGACGGCGGCCACACGGUGGGGCCCUUUGCCAAGAAGAAACACAAGAAGCAGAAGCAGGCCAAGAAGCCACGAAGCGACUUGGCUGCUGCCGAGGCCGCUGCUGCUGCCGCGGCUGCCCAACAAGGGCGCGGCAGAGGCCGAGGCCGAGGCCGGGGUCGUGGCGGGCGACCUGCCCCCACGGGUCUUCAGGCGGAGUUCCCGCGGAGCGAGCGAAGCCUGGGGGGAACCGGUCGUGGGGAGCGAGGGCGCGGUGACGGACGCGGCGGGCGGAACGGCCGUGGAGGUGCUCGCGGCGGCGGAAGGCAGCCCACUGCGUUUAACCCGUACGACAUUCCUGAUGAGUUCUUGAUGAAGGGCGGCAAGCGGUCGUCUGUGAUGCCGCGAUCCGGCAACCGGAGUUACACGUUCAAGUAGUGCAGAUGAUCAGCUGAGGGUGGGGAGUGUAUGUAGAGUGUUGUUUAGGCUUGGUGAGUUGGUAGUGGUGGCGGCUUUGGUGGCACAUGUGGCAGGUGUAAGCUGGGGGGAGGCUACAGGUGUAGUAGGUUUGAAGUAUGGAACGGGAGGGGUUGCGUGCGGCACGCUGCAGCGGUCGGGGCUGUUGUUGCAACAUCCAAGGUGUUAGGCAGAGAGAUGUUAAGACAUGGUUAGGCGUAGAGUCUUGCCGAUGGAGUUUGGGCCUCCUGUGUUGCCAGGACAGGUCGUAACGUUUGGAAGGUCUGUAUGGCUGAAGCCCGGGGGUGAAGGCCGAGCUGUGUGUCAUGUUUGGAAGGAGGUUGAGCUAAGACUGGUAGCCGAUGGCGGUGCUGCUGUUUCCUGGGACCUUGGGUUUGACGGCUGUACUCAUAAUUAAGUGACUCGCGUCUCUAUGGUGUAACAAGAACGGG